AUGUUAUCCACUAGGGGCCUCAAAUCUAUAUAUUUCAAGAGAUCUCUUUCACAAUUGGGUCACAUUAAGCCCCCCAAGCAUAUAAAAAAUGAACCUGUCAAGCCAUUUAGAAACACAGACUUAAAAGACUGGGAUUUACUCAGAGCUUCUCUAAUGAAAUUCAAAAGCUCUUCUUUAGAGGUGCCAUUAGUCAUUAAUGGGGAAAGAAUCUACGACAAUAAUGAGAGAGCUUUGUUCCCACAGACUAACCCUGCAAACCAUCAGCAGGUACUGGCAAACGUCACCCAAGCUACUGAAAAGGACGUGAUGAGGGCAGUAAAAGCAGCUAAGGAUGCCAAAGAAGAUUGGUACAAGCUACCGUUUUACGACAGAUCUGCUAUUUUUUUAAAAGCCGCUGACUUGAUCUCUACCAAGUAUCGUUAUGAUAUGUUGGCAGCUACCAUGCUAGGGCAGGGAAAAAAUGUGUAUCAAGCAGAAAUUGAUUGUAUCACGGAGUUAUCCGAUUUUUUCAGAUACUAUGUCAAGUACGCCUCAGAUUUGUAUGCUCAACAACCUGCAGAAUCUGCAGAUGGGACUUGGAAUAAAGCUGAAUACAGACCUUUAGAGGGAUUUGUUUAUGCUGUUUCACCAUUCAACUUUACUGCUAUUGCCGCAAAUUUAAUUGGUGCCCCAGCACUGAUGGGUAAUACUGUUGUGUGGAAACCGUCGCAGACAGCUGCUCUUUCAAACUAUUUGUUGAUGACUGUUUUGGAAGAAGCAGGAUUGCCAAAGGGUGUUAUUAAUUUCAUUCCAGGUGAUCCAGUCCAAGUUACUAAUCAAGUGCUAGCCGAUAAAGAUUUUGGAGCCUUGCAUUUCACUGGUUCUACCAAUGUGUUCAAGAGUUUGUAUGGUAAAAUACAAAGUGGUGUUGUUGAAGGGAAGUACAGAGAUUACCCACGUAUUAUUGGCGAGACAGGUGGUAAGAAUUUUCAUUUAGUGCACCAAAGUGCAAAUAUCUCACACGCAGUACUCUCUACUAUUAGAGGGACUUUCGAAUUCCAAGGUCAAAAGUGCUCAGCCGCUUCGAGGUUAUAUCUACCAAAGUCUAAGAGUGAGGAAUUUUUAUCUGACAUGUUUGGCAUUUUGCAAUCGCAAAACGUUGUUCCAAUGAAUACUUCUGCAAGUCCGAUAUCAGGUGGGAACUUACGGGGAUUCUUAGGUCCUGUGAUCCAUGAACAAAGUUUCGACAAAUUAGUAAAGGUAAUUGAAGAUGCGAAGAAGGACCCAGAAUUGGAAAUUCUUUACGGUGGCCAAUACGAUAAGAGUCAAGGUUGGUUUAUUGGGCCCACAAUCAUAAAAGCCAAGAGACCAGACCAUCCAUACAUGUCAACGGAAUUUUUUGGUCCUAUUUUGACAGUUUACGAGUAUCCAGAUGAAGAAUUCAACAAGAUUUGCGAUGUUAUCGAUAAGACCAGCCAAUAUGCUUUAACCGGUGCAAUUUUCGCCAAAGACCGCAAGGCAAUUGAAUACGCGGAUGAGAAAUUGAAGUUUAGUGCUGGUAACUUUUACAUUAAUGAUAAGUGUACUGGCGCCGUUGUCUCUCAGCAAUGGUUUGGAGGCGCAAGAAUGAGUGGUACCGACGAUAAGGCUGGUGGGCCAAACAUUUUAAGCAGAUUCGUCAGUAUUAGAAACACAAAGGAGAACUUUUACGAGUUGACCGAUUUCAAAUAUCCAUCGAACUAUGAGUAG